AUGGAGAGGAGGGACUCAUCGAAUGAAACAACAGUGUCGAUGACCGAUAGAUGUGAUGUCGAGUCACCACAGGGGGCUGAAUUCGAGGUGUUCUUGAAUUUCAGAGGGCCCGACACUUGCCAGAAUUUUGCCGACUGUCUCUAUCACUCUAUGGAAGUAGCUGGAAUUCGUGUUUUCAGAGACGACGAUAAGAUCAGAAAAGGCGAAGCAAUCAGAGGCGAACUGGAGCGUGCGAUCAAGAGCUCCUCAAUUUGUAUACCCAUCUUCUCUAGAAACUACGCAUCUAUUUUCUUUGACGUGAAUCCUGAUGAUGUCAAGCUCAAAACUGAGCUAUACCACGUCGCUCUAGAGAAGCACGAGCAGAAGUUUGACAGCGAUGUCGUGAAGAGAUGGAAGGAAGCUCUGGGGAAGGUUGCUCGGAUGAAAGGAUGGGAUCUCAAAGAUAGAGGGUACCAUGGUGAACUCAUUAGAUCAAUCGUUGCUGUGGUUUUGAACAAGCUGGAUAAAAGAGACAAAAAUCUACCCGAUCAUUUGGUCAGAAUUCAGGAUUGUGUUAAAGAGGUCAUGCGCUUGUUAGAUGAAGGUUCUCCUGAUGUGCGUUGUUGA